UCUAACCUUUACAGACUGCACACCGCGCACGAAUGCACGAUAUGACAUAAGUCGAUAUCUGUUGCGGUUGAAUGACGUGUGUGAUCAACAAGCGCGAUGUAAUUAUGAGGAGAGUAGAAAGUGUUAAAAUUAAAUAAUGCAUUAUUUUACGCCAAAAAGAAUUGGCAGAGUAAAGCACUUUAUACCAAAGUGACCUGAAGAGGAAAAUGUAUGUGAGGAGAACGAUUAAUAACGAGAUACAUAAGUGUAUGGAGCAGCUGUAACGUGCCAAAGUUUUAACGCUGAAGACACUUUUAAUUUGUAACUUGAAAAAAAAAAAAAAGAAAAUGGAUCUUGAUGAGGAAGGGAAAACUUUGUACUCAUAAAUUUUUACUAUUCUGAAUUGCAUGCUGUCGCGUAUCGAGCUUCGCAUUUCUCUUUAAAAAAAUCACUUUCAAGGGAAAUAAUUUCGCAUCAGAAUGACAGAUCCGUCGUUGAUGAAUACAGAACAGACGUACUGGGGCGCCGAAGCGGCGCAGCAGGACGCAAAGUACUACCCGAUUCCUCAGAUGUCAAAUUUUCCGGACUACUCCGCUCAACCCCCCAAUUACAACGCCUCGUAUUCCUACAAUGCACCACCGCACAAUGUAUCAAAUGCACCUCCCAACGUUCCUCCCAACUCGACAAAUUCGAUGUACCACUUUGCACCUCCUGCCUACCACAACGAAGCCAAUUUUCCGAGUGUCUCCUACCAGAAUCCGCAAUGCGGCCAGAAUCAAAUGGAUCCGCAGUGCGGCCAGACUCAAAUGGACCAGUAUUACGGCAAAAUGGACUACUCGCACAAACAGUACACGGGUGAAAAUUAUGCAAACUGGAGUAAUAUAAAAUCCGAAAAUGCGUACGACAAUUCCAGCAAUGAAUGGUACUCCAACAACUCCUGCACGAGCUGGACAACACAAGCUUCACCUGCUUCGUGGUAUGACACGACGUAUGACAAAAAGAGCUCGCAACCGACGCAAAUGUACGGAGCGUCGCAAAAGACGGAAGAGCAUAAGUGGAGGUAUGAUAAUAGAGACAUAUCCAAGAGUGCAGUUAACAGACAGAGAUCCAAAAGUCCACAUGGUAAGCAAGAGAAAACGUACAGGUCGCAAUACGAGGAUCACAGGGACAGAUAUCGUCAACACAGCAGAGAAAUAUCCAACUCGAGAGACCCUACGUACGACAACAGGCACUUUGAAAGAUCUUCAUCUAAAAAAUACGGAAGUUAUACGUCUCGCUCGGAAGAAUCGUACGUUAGCAAUAGAAGCAGGAAAAGAUCGAAAUCGCGGGAGCUGCAGUCAACCAGGGACGCUACACCAAUCAGUAGCAAUAAACGAACGAAGGGUCCUACUGAGAGAGAGAUAUUGUUAGAGAAAUAUAGACGUAAUUACUGUGCAACGAGUAAGGACAUAAAGCGCAAACUAGAUGAAUUAUCGGCAAUGGGCUCUAAAGGUAUGGAAGGUGAGAAAAAGAUUUGGACACGCACGUCGCCAGCGGAUCUCUACUACGUCAGGGAUGAAAACAAUCCAAAAAUAAUGAAAAGUACUCCUAAGCUACAAGAAGUGUGUGCGACAUUUAGGAGAGUGUUAAUAGACAGAGCAGCUGCAGCGAGGGAAUUGCAGCCGCCUUAUGAACCACCUCCGAGAAAAACAAGAGCGCGUCUUUGUCGUCAUAAGUCUGAAGCUUGCAGUAGCUCCUCGUCUGACAGCGAGAACUCUAUGGAUGAAGAUGACAGAACAAUGGAAGAGUUAAUGGCGAAAAAGCAGCAUCCACAGAGAUUGCAUCCUGAAAUGUGGUUUAACGAUCCUGGAGAAAUGAAUGACGGCCCGUUGUGUAGAUGCAGCGCGAAAUCGAGACGCUCAGGUAUAAGACACGGCAUCUACGCUGGAGAAGGUGCAUUAAACAAGUGUGACUUGAAUACGAAUAAUGCGGACAAACUGUAUCACUACAGAAUAACGAUCAGUCCGCCGACGAAUUUUCUUACCAAGACACCGACGAUUAUCAAACAUGACGAGCAUGAAUUUAUAUUUGAAGGCUUCUCCAUGCUUUCUCACUUCCCAUUAGUCAAGUUACCCACGUGCAAAGUUAUAAGAUUCAAUAUCGAAUACACAAUUUUGUACAUAGAAGAGAAGUUGCCAGAGAAUUUCACAAUACAGGAGCUGGACUACUUUCAGACGUAUUUGUUUAAAGAGAUUUUGGAGCUCGUAGAUUUUGAUCUGCACGCAGCACAGGACAAAUCCGGCUGCGGACAGUUUCAUUUUAUGCCAAGAUUUGUACGUGACUUGACUGACAACGGUCAAGAGAUCCUAUCGAUGAAUGAAGUUCUGAAUUAUUUGAUAAAGAGCAGCAUUCUCUUAAUAAGUCCGGAUGAUCUGUUCAAAUUGGUGGCGAUGCCACAGUACAAAUGGCAAGAUUUUGCCGACGAGGUGAAGGGAAUGGUCGUGACUUACCCAGGGAAGAAACCGUGCAGCGUUCGCGUUGAUCAGCUAGAUAGAAAUCAAGAGGAGCAAUCGUGCAAUAAGUUACCGCUUGCUUAUCCCGAGAUAGUUCACUUCGGUAUCCGUCCACCGCAGCUUAGCUAUGCGGGAAAUGCAGAUUACCAGAAAGCCUGGAGAGAUUACGUGAAGUUCCGACACCUGCUCGCAAACAUGUCGAAACCGUCUUUCGAGGAUAAGAGAAAAUUAGAGGCGAAGGAGAACAAGCUGCAGGAGUUACGUACGCAGAGCAAAAUGAAGCGCGACGUCACGGUUGACGUCAGCUCCGAAGGAUUUUACAGAACCGGCAUUAUGUGCGAUAUCGUGCAGCACGCAAUGUUGAUACCGGUACUAGUCUGCCAUCUGCGGUUUCACAAAUCCCUGGACAAUCUGGAACGCACGCUGGGAUACGAGUUCAAAAACCGGUACCUGCUCCAGCUGGCUCUCACGCAUCCCAGCUACCGCGAGAACUUCGGCACAAAUCCGGAUCACGCGCGGAACUCCCUGACGAAUUGCGGCAUAAGGCAGCCCGAGUACGGCGACCGUAGGAUCCACUACAUGAACACGCGUAAGCGCGGCAUCAACACCCUGAUAAACAUAAUGUCCAGAUUCGGCGCGAAAACGGAAACGGAGUCGUCGAUAGCGCACAACGAACGGCUGGAGUUUCUCGGCGACGCGGUCGUCGAGUUCCUCACCUCCAUCCACCUCUUUCACAUGUUUCCGGAUUUGGAGGAGGGCGGUCUGGCUACUUACAGAGCGGCGAUCGUGCAAAAUCAGCAUCUCGCCGUGCUGGCGAAGAAGCUGAAUCUGGAGGAGUACAUGCUCUACGCUCACGGUAGCGAUCUCUGCCACGACUUGGAGCUAAGGCACGCGAUGGCGAAUUGCUUCGAGGCGUUGAUGGGCUCGCUGUUCCUCGACGGGGGGAUAGAAGUGGCCGAUCGGGUCUUCGGGGAGACGCUUUUCAAAUGCGAGGAGGAUCUUGGCAAGGUUUGGGUCAAUUACCCACGGCAUCCCCUUCAGGAGCAGGAACCGACUGGAGAUAGACAGUGGAUUCCCAGCUUCGAGCUGUUACAGAAAUUGACCAAGUUCGAGGAAUCAAUCGGUAUAGAAUUCACUCAUAUCCGUCUUCUCGCUAGAGCGUUCACGGAUCGUAGUAUAGGGUAUACCAAUUUAACAUUAGGAUCUAAUCAACGGCUAGAGUUCCUAGGAGAUACUGUGUUGCAGCUCAUUGUUUCUGAAUACCUGUAUAAGUACUUUCCGGAACAUCAUGAGGGACAUUUAUCGUUGUUGCGGAGUUCCCUCGUAAAUAAUAAGACGCAGGCGGUUGUCUGUGACGAUCUCGGUAUGACUCAGUACGCGCUUUAUGGAAAUCCAAAGGCCGAAUUGAAGACGAAAGACAGAGCGGAUUUGUUGGAAGCUUUUCUCGGCGCGCUUUACGUCGACAAAGGUUUGAAGUAUUGCCACGUAUUUUGUGACGUAUGCUUCUUCCCACGUUUACAAGAUUUCAUCAUGAAUCAAGACUGGAAUGAUCCAAAGAGCAAGCUACAGCAGUGUUGCUUAACCUUAAGAACUAUGGACGGUGGUGAGCCAGAUAUCCCCGUGUACAAAGUUAUCGAGUGUAAAGGACCGACUAAUACAAGGGUUUAUACGGUCGCUGUAUAUUUCCAAGGAAAACGUUUGGCUACAGCUUCAGGACACAGUAUCCAAGAAGCGGAAAUGAAUUCUGCCAAAGAAGCUUUAGAAAAGUCACAAGACUUAUUCCCGCAACUGGAUCAUCAAAAACGUGUGAUAGCAAAAAGUAUGAAGAUGCAACAAUGGCCGAACAAACAGAAAGUAAAGGGAAAAUCUGAAAAAAGGCCCUAUGACAGAUCCGAUGAUUCGGAUUGCAGUCAAAGUCGGAGAAGAAGUCGUAGUAAAGAACGUACCUCGAAAAAAAGAGAAACUUAAUAAUAGUUUAUACUAUAAACUGUUACAUAAAUAAUUCCUGAUUAUUUUAUUGUU